GUACUAUUUCAUUCAUAUUGCUCAGUUAUAUAUAGUACUAACCAGGAAUGCACCCCUGCACAGUUACCACCACAAACCAAAGAAAGAUCCCCUCGAAAAACAAUCCAACCUGAACAACCACCAAAAAAAUGUCUCAAUCAACCACCAACAACUUCAUCUCCAUCAACAAACUCACCAACACCCGCGUCCUCCUCAUCGGCGGAACCUCAGGCAUCGGCUUCGUCGUCGCCCGCGCCGCCCUCGAACACGGCGCCAACAUCAUCCUCUCCAGCUCCAACCCGGAGAGACUCGCCUCCGCUAUAUCCCGUCUGAAGACCCUCUACCCAGACCCAUCCUUCACCUCCCGCAUCACCGGCAAGGCAUAUGAUCUAAGCGAUGAAUCCACCCUAGAGACAAAUAUCAUCUCCUUACUCGACUACGCUACCUCUCCAUCCAUCUUCCCCAACACCACCACCAAUACCGAAGGGAAAAUCCUUCUAAACCACAUAUCCUACACCUCCGGCACACGCCCCUCCCGCACCCCCAUCACCCCUACCUCCUCCCUCACGCCCCAAACCUAUACAUCCAGCCAAACCCUCCGCGUCCUGGCCCCCCUCAUGCUGGGCAAACAUGCCAAGACCUACAUGGUGGAUUCGCAUACCUCGUCGUUGACGUUCACGUCCGGCGUGUUGGCGAGUAAGCCGGUGGUGGGGACGACGUUGAGUGCGAUGGCGGGGAGUGCGCUGGGAGGGCUGGUCAGGGGACUGGCGGUGGAGUUGGCGCCCAUUAGGGCGAAUGUUGUGGCGCCGGGGGCGGUGGAGACGGAGAUUUUUGAUGCUCUUGGGGAGCAGAAGGAGAUGUAUAUGGAGAUGUUUAGGAAGGGGACGGUCUUGGGGAGGGUUGGAGCCCCGGAGGAUGUGGCGGAGGCGUAUUUGUGGUGUAUGAAGGAUGGGUUUGUUACGGGAUUGUGGGUGGGGAGUGAUGGGGGGGCUUUACUUAAGUAGUUCUAUACAUGAUAUAUGUAUAGGGGGUGAGAGAGAGAGAGGGAGGGAGGGAGAGAGUUAGUAGUUGGGAUGAUGGCAUGGGUAUGAGGGAGAGGGUUGUUGUUGAUAGUAAGAUUUUGUUAGUAUUCAGUUG